GUGGCUCUUCACUCCCGGCGAUAUUUUGGUGCCGCACCUGGUACACCGUCGCAGCUGCCGACGUCGAGCCCUCCUGUCGUCCCACACACCACUCUCAGAUAUACUGUGUAUUUCAACCCAUCAACCCCAGAGGUUCGAUCACCCCCGGAGGUCAGGGGGUGGGCGGGGGUCAGCGAGUAUGGGGGUUGGGGCUCCUGGAGGACACGUCCACCACGAGGUAGGGGCGGACGAGCCCCACGCCCGCACACGCCCGCAGAAUGUAUAAAAACAAGUAUAGGUGAACUUUGAUUGCUGUCUGCCAACUGAUCACAGAUGUCUACUGAAGGGCGGUCAGCGCGGAGUGGUGGGCGUGGGGGGACGGGAAGCGUUGUGCCCCAACCCUACCCCGCCCAGUUCUACCCGAUGGUUGGGUACCAGGGUCCCCCACAGCCAUGGUUCCCCGCUCACUCCUCCUCGGGAGCCCCAACCCCGUGGGCCUGGAGCCCUCCCAUGGGCUACCCGGCGCCCACCCCAGCCUGGUCCACCCAACAGACCGCUCCCACCAUGACCACCAGCAGCAGCACGGCAGCCGCGCCCUCCGACGAGUACACUGUAGACACCCUAAGACGGAUAUAUAACGACGACGACGGACGAGUGGAGAUCCAGAGAGUGAAGGUACAACGCCGCCACCAAGAAGCAGGAUCCAUCCCCUUCCCUGCAAGCCCAGAAGUCAUGAGGGUCGUUCCUGCGGGCCCAGAAUCUAUGAGCGUCGUCCCCGUGGGCAGCUUCCCUCUCAACGAGCGACGACCUCCGCCAAGAAAAAACAAACGGAAACAACAGAUGCAGGUUAUGCCUUCAACGCCCGGGCAGACGGGGCCCUACCCGUGGUAUCCGUACAUGCCGUGCGUGCCGUAUCCGUACCCAUACCCAUAUUAUUUCGGAGGGUGUAUGUGGCCGUCGGGUGCACCUGCUGCCUCGACGGCUUCUUGGAGUGGACACGACGAGAGUGAGAGAACAUCGUCCCGGCAAGACUCUAUACCAGCCACGCUGGACUCACAGCGUCUCGAGUCCCGUGCCUCUCAUCCCUCCCGGGACUCUAUCUCGCCCGUGUCACAGCGAUCACCCUCCCCAACUGCCGCUUCUCAUCUCACAGAUAUCCACAGCAUCGCGCCCUCAGACAGUGUGUCGGUGCGCGGUCAUAAGAGAGAAUCAUCCUUAGAGCGAGCUCUCAGAGGGCCCACUCCCCCUCCCCGCACGAAAAGUCGAGCGUCGUCGGAAUUCAAAUCAAGUGACGUCGGAAAGACGCAGGAGUGGAUAUUGGAGAUGCAUCGUGCACUGGGCACCACAGCUGACGGGGCCUCUGACGUCACAGACAAGUCGUCCUUCACAACUGCUCCUUCAGAUGUCGUUGUAUACAAAAAGAUUCCCCCCAAAAGAAAGCGCCGGAAGGUCAAGAUUGAUAGUUUAAGUGAUAGAGAUUAUUUGGGUGACCAAAAAGAUUUGGACAAUAUUAGUGACAGACACAGUGUUGCGUCCGACAUGACAUUUGAUGAAUCCUCAAGACUGAGUUCCGAACUAACUUACGCUUUUAGGAAAUUGGAGAAAUCAGUUGAUGUUUUCAAGACAAAAAUCUCUGUGGAUUCUACGCCAGUGCACAGUUCUGCCCCUUCUCCAUCUAUAGACAUUAUUCAUUCCAGUGGUGAAUUGACACCAACUGAAGGUAUCAUUACUGAGCCUCCCCCUUCUGACAUCACCAUUGCCCUAGAUAAAACCAGUAAAAAGAUAACUGAGAGCCAAGAUCAACAUGAAGCCUCAGCGAAAUCUUCUGAAUGUGCACUUUCGCCAGGGUCUGUCUGGUCUCUUCCCUCGUUGGAAUCUGCUAAAACAGAACCAACAGUGGACGUCUCUGUUCCUCGGGUGGUAAUAGAAUCCCGAGACGUCGAACCUUCUCACUUUCGGCUUGACCCAGCUCAUGAACCUCAGCUGCAGCCUACAGUUCCACAACCUACUGCUCUCAGUCCUACACCAGAAACAGGUCCUCUUCCCCCAGCAUCUGACAUUCCCGUGCUUCAGACCCCAGCAGAACAAAAUAUCACCCCAGCCACAGCUGCUAUUGGUUCUCAGGAAGUGAGCAUCGCAGUAAACUCGCAGUCAGUAACAACAUCAGCAGAUGUGACAACAAUGACUGUACCACCUGCAGACGACACCUCUCCACCUGCACUACCAACAGAAGUUACACAGCCUGAGACGACAUCAGAAACAAUCACUUCUCAGGCUGUGCUAGCCCCAUCACCUAAUCAGCCUGUAACAAUUUCAGCACCAUCGGCCAGUCAGCCUGUACCUGAGUCAUCUUCAGCGAGUCAACCCAUAGAAUUAACAGAAACACCGUCAGGAGCUUCAGCAGGAGCAGGUGUUACUGAGAGUACAAUAGUGAGCGAAGGCGGGCGAGAUUCCAGGGCCAGCAGCGGCACCUUCUUCUCGCUACGACCCUCCGACGACCCCGUGAUGGUUGACACCGACUCUACUGACAUCCUAUUCCCCACCACCGACGCAACCACUGCUGACGAGGGUGAGGAACAUACGGACUCCACUACAGCGGUGAGUCCUGGGCCAGACGAAGGGUACCAGUGGGUGCUGCAGCAGCCUGGGGAGACACCCGACCUUUUCACCAGCCCAAGCCGAGGACGAACGACUCUAUGGCGGGCGCGCCUGGUGGUGUCGCUGUGUCGGGGUAGAGGACUGGACCGCCAGGAUUGGGCCACUUUCCACCUGCUGGUUCACCACCCGCUACUGGACCUGAAGCUGUCGCUGCUGCACGCCCGCCUCUGUGCCGCCAACACGUCGACGGGGGCGGCGCUGGUGAGGGUGGCGCUCAUACACCUGGCACAGUAUGGCGAGACCCUCCUUCAGCCUGAAGGAUCCAGGCAACACGGCUGGCGAUCCAUCAAGGUCGACCCCAAUCAACCCUGGGCACCCGUCAAGGGUGCUGUGGAGAUCCUACGGUCCCUUGGGUACUGUGAGCGUGAAGACGGUGGUGUCCUGAGGUAUCCCCGCCGCUCUAACACUGAGGUGUCGGUGCUGGCCCGCCUUACACUUGACAUGUUAGUGCUUGCAGAGGAGCUGCGCCUCUAUCUCACCGGCACCCACCAGUACCCCAGCAACAUCUCGGAACUGUUCUUCUCAUCAGUAUCCUCGGCCGUGCCUACUGAAUUGCCACAGAGGCCUCCUUCGUCAGCGGGAAGUUUUGUGUCCGCACACUCUGAGGCGUCCCUUGACCUCAGACGUGCCAGUCAAGCGUCGUCCGUCACCGAUGACGACAUGGAGACUUUGCAGGCGUCUGUCAGGCAGACAAAGACUCUCACGAAGACUCGUCGAGGCUCAACAUCAGAGGAAGAAGUGACCUUAAGAGAUGAUAUUAUAAACAAUGUUAUGAUCAAGACAGAAGAACCAGAGAUCACGCCACACACCCAUGAGCAGCCCAAAGAAGAAGCCGUUCUCUCCCUGACUUCUGGCACGCUGCCUGUCAGUACAGAGACUGGUCAUCUGGGUUCCACAGUGUCACUUCCCGCGCCUGCUGGUGAUAGACUAUCUGUCAGCACUAUCAACACUAACAUGUCUGGUUACCGGACCUCCAGUCUAUCAGCCGACUCCAUCUCUCAGAAGAGCCCCCGAUACAGCGGGUCUGCCACGUCAGGUAGCAACGAGACCGUCACACCUGUUGCUACCCCAGCACCUGUUACUCCAGCUUCUACUACCCCAGCACCUACUACCCCAGCACCUACUACCCCGGCACCUACUACCCCAGCACCUACUACCCCGGCACCUACUACCCUAAUACCUACUACCACGGCACCUACUACCCAAAAACCUACUACCUCACCUGCCCCCGAGGCCACGGAUAACCCAGAGGAACACGUAUACGAGGAAAUCGACUUGAUUCGCGCACAGGUUCAGGCGCUGAGAGCUUCCAGUGUACCCGUGGAGUCCCCGCCUCCUCCACUUCCCCCAAAGAAGAAAAUUAGCUCGGGCGGCGAGGAUGAUUCUGGGUUAAGUCUGACGUACCCUCAAGUGGAGUGGUCAUCCGCCUCCAUGCCAGGCUCGCUACGUGGUGGGUCAACAGGAGCAAAAAGAAAGAAACGUCGGCCAAUGCCUCCAGAGUUUAUGCCUUCUGACUGGAAACACUAUCAGAACGGAUCUCAGGGGAAUAUUGAGCAGACAAUCGAAAUACGAGAGUCCAAAGAGGACGGGAAGAAAAAGGCUGAAUACAGAAAAUCCUUAAAUCCAUUCUACGAAGACAUAGAUUCUAUAAAGAAAAAGGUGAAGGAACUGAAUGAGAAUUCUGAUGUGAAAACUGAGAUCCAGUCAGUCAUCAAAGACUCAGAUGGUAAUCCAUUCGUUACAGAUAGUACAUUAGUGGCCGGCUAUGUUGGGAGGAAUCCGUUUUAUGAGGACGUUCAGCUGUUGAAGGAUAAGAAAGAAUGUAAUGAAGAGAGCGAGCCUAGUCGUUCUCUUCCAUCUCCCAAAUUGGACGGGUCAGUGUGUGCAAUGGGUUCCCUCUCAGAGCUGCAGGACGAGUCAUUUGUAGUCAGACCAAAGCGUCGAGCUCCUAAGCCACCUCCCACUCCACAACCAAACACACACCCGUCAACACCAGAGCCUCCCACCCAUCCAACAUCUCCAAACCCAACCAAACCAGACCCACCAAAGCGCCCACCUACACCUAAGAUACUCAAAAAGGUGUCCUCCACGUCACCUGCAUCUUUGCCUAAAAGUGAAUAUCUGCCAACAGAACAGGAUAACUUAAAGCAAGAAGUCGUCGCUGAAGGUGGUGACCAGCAUAAACACGGGAAUAUAAGUGUUCAGACACAAGUACUUCGAUUACAGAUAAAUUAACUGAAAUUAACGACACCGUGACACCAAUAACCGGUGAAAAAGAUAUGUUUAUUGACCCAAAGAAGAAUGAAGUAGAAAGUCAUCUAGAUACAGAAGAGACAAACAAAAGAGUUCCUA